AAAAGAGUGUUGAGAGAGAGAGAGAGAGAGAGAGUGAGAGAGAGAGAAAUGGCAAUUUCAGUCUCAUCACCUUUGAUUCUGCGGCAGAGACUCCAGGUCCACGGGCCUCGGUGCUCCUCAACCACACCGGAUAACAAUCACUCUCACUCCAAAACCAAAACCAAAACUAAAACCCCGCAGGCAUUGAAACUCGUGGUCAGUGGAGUCACUGAGCUUUUGAGACUCUUCUCUUCCUCCAACGAUUCCAGCUCAAGAUUGGAAAGAGAAAGAGAUGAAAAGAGAGAAGAGAUUGAAGUUUCAGGCAUUGAUGAUGUUGUACUGAUCCUCAAUUCUGAUUAUGAGAAUGCCUACUUUGUAACAGGGGUUUUCACUUCUGCAAUUUAUGCUGAAGAUUGUAUCUUCGAAGAUCCAACUAUCAGAUUUCGAGGUAAGGAGUUGUAUUCACGCAACUUGAAAUUGCUUGUUCCUUUCUUUGACUGUCCAUCAAUUGGAUUACAAAAGCUUGAGAAGGGUAUCAAUUCCAAAGCUAAUUUUGUGCUUGCAACGUGGAACCUAAGGACUUUCCUGAAACUUCCAUGGAGGCCCCUCAUUUGCAUUGAUGGGAGUACAAUCUACGAAUUAGACGACGAGUUUAAAAUUGUUAGGCAUGCUGAGAGUUGGAAUGUUUCUGCGCUUGAAGCAAUUGGCCAGAUAUUCACCCCUAGAUUUGGAAGGCCAAAUGAUUGAAUUUUCAAGGCUCAAUGAAGAACCCAAAUAUUCUUACAAUAUUAUCCUCUGUACCAGCAGUUGAUUCAAAUUUUCCUGGUUACACAGGACCUCUGCAUGUUUUGGUACUAACGAUACAAAAUCUGGAAAAAAUUAGCAUGACUACAGGUUUAAGUUCGAAGUGUGAGUGUAUGGUACUAAUUUGAGAAUGCUAGUACUUUAAUCUGUGAUUAUUAUGAUUAUCAAGAGCUUUGGUGAGUUGAGUAAUGGAUUGUGCUUUGUUUAAGAUCGUCAGAGAGAUAAAUGAGGGGGAAAUUUUAGUGGCAGGAACCAGGAUUGGAAUUCCUUAUCUAUUGAAAACCAUCUAUACAGUAUUCCCCUGGAGACCACUUACACUUAAUGAACUCAAACUGUGAUCUCUACUUUAUCUUUAAUUCAAAGUGGACGCCCAUUACUCCAA